ACACAAUUUUCCAUUACUCAAAAACCCUAAGCUUUCUCUUUUCCCCUUUCUUACUUAAUCGCAUUGUUCAAUCAUUCUACUUCACAUGGCGGCAAUGGCAACGGCGGUGGUCCGGCAGCCUUCUCCUCCCCUGGAGGCAUGGAACGAUUUACAGGGGAAAGUGGUGAUGGUCACCGGAGCCUCGUCGGGGCUCGGUCGCGAGUUCUGUCUCGAUCUCGCCGCCGCUGGUUGCAGGAUCGUAGCCGCCGCACGGCGUACGGAUCGACUCGAAUCGCUUUGUGAAGAAAUUAAUCGGCUGGAAUUGGGCGGCUCUUUUUCUUCUUCUUCUUCUUCUUCGAUUGAGAGGGGGAUCCGCCGGGCUGUGGCGGUGGAGCUUGAUAUCAGCGGCGAUGGGAAGAGUAUCGAGAAAUCCGUUAAAAAAGCAUGGGAUUCUUUCGGCUUCAUUGAUGCUUUGGUUAAUAAUGCUGGUUUAAGAGGCACUGUGAAGUCUUCAUUGGAUUUGGGUGAAGAGGAAUGGAACAAAGUAUUGGGAACAAACCUAACAGGAUCAUGGUUAGUAUCAAAAUAUGUAUGCAGGAAGAUGCGUGACACGAAAAGAGGCGGUUCCAUUAUCAAUAUUUCUUCAAUUGAUGGUGUUGGUAGAGGAAAUCUUCCUGGAGGCCUUGCCUAUGCUGCUACCAAGGCAGGCUUAAACACUUUAACCAAGGUGAUGGCUCUUGAAUUAGGAGCACAUAAUAUCAGAGUGAAUUCCAUAUCUCCAGGCCUUUUUAAGUCUGAGAUUACACAAGGUCUCAUGGAGAAAGAUUGGCUUAACAACGUAGCAUUGAAAACUAUCCCUUUAAGGACGUUUGGAACUUCUGAUCCGGCUUUAACGACGGUCGUUCGAUAUCUGGUGCACGACUCUUCUAAAUACUUGUCGGGCAACAUUUUUAUUGUUGAUGCAGGUGCCACAUUACCUGGUUUCCCUAUUUUCUCAUCCCUCUAAGCCUCUGUUUUGGAUCGAGUUAAAAGUGAUUACGUAAAAAUCUUAUCUGCUUUUAAGUGUUUGCUAAUAUUGAUUAUUAAUAAAUUUGUAAGCAUCGCUGGCUUAAUCACA